AUGGCUUUGAAAACAACUGCAUUUCUCCUCACUCUCAACAUUCUGUUCUUCGCUUUGUUAAGUUCAGACCCAGUAUCUGCUCAAGCCACUUGCCCUAGAAACGGAUUCCAGUUCGGUGCAUGUGCCGGCGUGCUGAAUAACUUUCUCGGUAGCGUACAACUAGGAACCCCGCCAACCGAACCUUGUUGCAGCAUCUUCUUUGGACUUGCUAACUUUGAGGCCGCAGUAUGCCUUUGCAAUUCUGUUAAAACUUCCUUCUUGGGUGUUAACUUUGAUGCAUUAUUGCCCUCGAUGAACUUUGUUCUUAACAACUGUGGAAAGCCGGUCCCUUCGGGUUUCGAGUGGGGCAAGUGUUAA